AUGUCGAUGUCUGAAGCGAGUAUCUUCUGGCUUAAUACUCUUCAUGAUUGUAAACUCGAUCAAUCUUUAUCAUUACCAUUUGAUCGAUAUCGUCUUGCAAAUGAACAUCGAACUGGUCGUACAACAUCGAUUUCUUUUGAUUUUGGUCAAGAUCUCUCGCAUCACUUUGUUACUCAUGCAUCAUCAAAUAACAUCUCUCUUGAACAUCUCACAUUUACUAUUUAUUUCAUCUUUCUAUUUAAAUUAACUAAUGGACAAACAGAUCUAUGUAUUGCUGUGAACACCAAUAAUAAUCGAUAUAGAGAUGAACUCAAAUCAAUCAUUGGACUGUUUGAGAAUGUCAUCCCAUUACGAUGUCAACUAGAUCCACAUUGGUGUUUUCACCAUUUACUCGAACAUGUUCAAAAGAUAACAACAAAUAGUAUGAAGUAUUCAUAUUUUCCUCUUCAACGUAUUCUCAACCAACAUCCACAUAUUUCAAAACAUGCAUUUUUGGACACAUCUCUGGAAUUUAUAUCAUACAAGACUACCAAUAACAAUAAUGCAAUGGUGAUUGGUGAUUCUGGACUUGUUCCAGCGUUUGCCUCAUUCAAUAUUAAUAAAGAUGAGAUAUUAAAUAUAUCCGACUUCUCUUUUUUUAUUUAUCAUGAUAUGAACAUGAAUCAACUGUCAUGCACAGUCAAUGCAUCAUUUGACUUGUUCAAUACAGAGACAGUGAAAAAGAUUUCACAACGAUUUCAUUCCAUCUUACAUCAAUUAUCUACAUCGAUUAUUGACAAUCAAAUAAACAAACCUAUCUAUGAAUUAUCAUUAACAUUAUCAAAUGAACAAUAUCUAAUGCAAUCAUUGAAUAAUACACAAAUAUCAUUUUCAUC